CCCUAUUCACACAUUCUCACCCUCAGUCAUCUCCCAUUUUGAAACCCUAGCCGAAACCCCAAAUUUCCUCUGCAUCGUCACCCAACAUCAAGAUGCAGAUCUUCGUCAAAACCCUAACGGGGAAGACAAUAACCCUAGAGGUCGAGUCUUCCGACACAAUCGACAAUGUCAAGGCCAAGAUCCAGGACAAGGAAGGCAUCCCACCUGACCAACAGCGUCUCAUCUUCGCCGGAAAGCAGCUCGAAGACGGCCGCACCUUGGCCGACUACAACAUCCAAAAGGAAUCCACCCUCCACCUCGUCCUCCGUCUCAGGGGCGGCGCCAAGAAGAGGAAGAAGAAGACCUACACCAAACCCAAGAAGAUCAAGCACAAGAAGAAGAAGGUCAAGCUCGCCGUUCUCCAGUUCUACAAGGUGGAUGAGUCCGGGAAGGUCCAGAGGCUGAGGAAAGAGUGCCCUAAUGCGGAGUGUGGGGCCGGGACUUUCAUGGCUAAUCAUUUUGAUAGGCACUAUUGCGGUAAGUGUGGGCUAACUUACGUUUAUCAGAAGGCUGGUGGGGAUUAAGUAGGCUUAUUUUCCACCUCCACAAUGGAUCAACAGUUUCCUUUUAUCAGUAUGAAACUUUGAAUAGUAUUAAUUUUCAAUAAUUGUUGGUCCUUUUUCAUUA